GUCAGUGCCAUUCCAGAGACCACAGCGAACAAAUCGUUCAAGAUAUGCGCGAUCGUGAUCGGCGGGGAGGCUACGAUUCCUCUGUGCUUGAACGGGGGCCUGUACGGAACUCUCGGCACGACUGGGGCCUGCAUCGUUCCAGCCUGGAUCGCUCGUCUGUUAGACGCAAAGGAGAUGAAGGAUGUAGGAGGCGCCGCCGUCGAUGUCAAACCGAUCGACGUCACCUACCGUAUCCCUCCGGAGAUCCCGGCGUGCAGCCUGACGCAGGCCGAGGCUGACGUCCAGGUGAAGUGCCCCACCUUGGUGCCUAACAAGGGCACGAUCGGCAAUGCCCACGUCGAGGUCACCGGGCCGGCGGCUCCCAAGCCGAAGCGAGCGGCCAAGCGCGGUCGGGCUGAGGUGCCCGCGUCGGUGCUCGAGCUCAUCGGGAGCUCGUCGUGGCUUCAGCAC